AUGUCGAGCUUUCGUCGGGUCGGCGCCCGCCCCGAGUCCGAGAACCCGGCAAAGGACUACUACCCUCGCCAGCGCAAGUCCUUAGCCGGCAUCGCACUCCGCGCCUUCCUCCUCGGCGCAGCCAACCUCUUGGGCGUUCUCUCUACCAUCCUUAUCCUGUCCUUCACUUCAUCACCGCUCUGGCGCCUGCCCUUCUUCCUCGCCUCCCUCUCUCUCUUUCACUUUCUCGAAUUCUGGACGACAGCGGCCUACAACACACCACAGGCAACGGUCUAUGCCUUUCUCUUGACGGCAAACUGGCCCGCCUACGCAAUCGCCCACGCCACCGCCUUCAUCGAGUGUUUCCUCACGAACCUAAUCUUCAGGGACUCCGUCUGGGCACCCUUUGGCUUGAAGCCCCUGCUGGUCACAGCCGGACUGCUGCUCGUCGUCGUCGGCCAGGCUGUGCGCUCGCUGGCCAUGACCACUGCCGGCGAGAGCUUCAACCACACCGUCCAGCACUACAAGGCCGAGUCGCACACCCUCGUUACGACCGGCAUCUACGCCUGGUUCCGACACCCGUCUUACUUUGGCUUCUUCUGGUGGGCCAUCGGCACGCAGCUGGUCAUGGGUAACGUCUUCUCCCUUUUCGGCUACGCAGGUGUCUUGUGGUACUUUUUCUCCAAAAGGAUACGUCACGAGGAGGAACUACUUAUCAGGUUCUUCGGCGACGACUAUGUCAACUACCGCAAGCGCGUCGGGGUCAUGAUCCCUUUCUGCAAUUGA